AUGGCUGAAUCUGCAUUCUUACUCUUUCUACGUCUGUCUGCAGGAUUUACUAGUGCUUCACUUCCGGCGCAAUAUCCGAGUCUUUUUAAGAAGCGGAUAAUGUCUAAGAAAACAAUAUACAGUAUAUGGGCGAGAAUGGAUAUCGCUGGAUGCGCGACAGGCAUUUGCGGCCACAUUAUCUUCAACUUUGCAGAGAAUAUCGCCCCAGAAGCGCAAUGGCAGGGCGCAUACAGCUAUAUUCUCCUUGUUGUUUCGCUGUGUGGUCAUGAUGAUCUCUGCAGUUUGCACACCCGACAUUUUUUAUGCCAUCAUGCCUAUCAAACAGAGCUACUAGGGGCAGCUGUUUGCAUCGAUAUUAGUAAUGCCUUGCGGAAUGGAAAUGUCUUUUCCCGCAUGCAAUGUUCUAGUUUCCAACGCGAUACCUCAAGAACAUCAAGGAGCCAUGAAGCUAAGCGUGUUGAUGCUAUUUGA